CAAGCAUGCGCAUGCGUUGCGGGACCCUGUGAGGUGGUGGGGCGGGUUCGGAGAUUCCUGCGGCGGCGGUGGAGACUUUGGGGCGGCUCCCAGGUGCGGCACCUUCUGUUGUGCGGUUUCUCCUAAACUAGUUUGUACGAAUCUACUGAAACAUGUCUAAGCAACAGCCUGCUGAAAAGUUUGCAAAUCCAGAAACCCCUGGUUAUGUUGGAUUUGCAAACCUUCCAAACCAGGUUCAUCGGAAGUCUGUGAAAAAAGGCUUUGAAUUUACCCUUAUGGUAGUUGGUGAAUCUGGAUUGGGAAAAUCUACUUUAAUAAACAGCUUGUUCUUAACAGAUCUCUACCCAGAAAGGAUAAUCCCAGGAGCAGCUGAAAAAAUUGAAAGAACUGUACAGAUUGAGGCCUCAACAGUUGAAAUUGAGGAAAGAGGUGUAAAGCUCCGUCUGACUGUAGUAGAUACACCAGGAUAUGGUGAUGCUAUUAAUUGCCGGGAUUGUUUCAGGACCAUUAUUUCCUAUAUUGAUGAGCAAUUUGAACGUUAUCUUCAUGAUGAGAGUGGCUUGAACAGACGGCAUAUUGUGGAUAAUCGAGUUCAUUGCUGUUUCUAUUUUAUCUCACCUUUUGGUCAUGGUCUCAAGCCUUUGGAUGUUGAGUUCAUGAAAGCUAUACACAACAAAGUGAAUAUUGUGCCUGUGAUUGCAAAAGCUGAUACCCUUACGCUGAAAGAGCGGGAAAGACUGAAGAAAAGGAUUUUGGAUGAAAUUGAAGAACAUAGCAUCAAGAUUUAUCACUUGCCCGAUGCGGAAUCAGAUGAAGAUGAAGAUUUUAAAGAACAGACCAGACUUUUGAAAACCAGCAUUCCAUUUUGUGUUGUGGGAUCCAACCAGUUAAUUGAAGCUAAGGGUAAAAAAGUUAGAGGUCGUCUUUAUCCCUGGGGUGUUGUUGAAGUGGAAAAUCCAGAACAUAAUGACUUCUUAAAACUAAGAACCAUGCUGAUCACUCAUAUGCAGGAUCUUCAAGAAGUGACUCAAGAUCUUCACUAUGAGAACUUCCGUUCUGAAAGACUUAAAAAGGGUGGCCGUAAAGUUGAAGAUGAAGAAGUUAAUAAAGAUCAAAUCUUGCUUGAAAAGGAAGCAGAACUUCGCCGCAUGCAGGAAAUGAUUGCAAGGAUGCAGGCACAGAUGCAGAUGCAGAGACAAGGAGGUGAAGGAGAUAGCAGUGCAACUCAUGGGUACAAAGUUUGAAUUAUUUGAUAAGUUUCAUUAAUUGGAAUCAUUUAAGAUUUAAGACACAGAGCUUAUUUUGUGGGGAAAGUUACUCCUUAUCCUGCUGUGACUUGGAAGGUCUGUUAACAUUCAGCAAACAAAUAUAUAGUUGUUGUAAUCUCUAUUUUGUAAACAAAUAAGAUUUCUUUAAUCUUUUUAAAAUGUUGAAUGCAAUAUGAGUUCGUUCAAAUUUACUAAUAUUUUAUUGAGCUGAUUUUACUACGCAGACUAUACAAAUGUGUAGAUUUUCCCUACCCUGUCGUUCCUCUCUAAUACUAUGGACUAAUGCCACUGUUUUUGUUUUUGUUUUUGUUUUUUUUUUGCACUGGGUAAUCAGUUGAUUUCAACCACAUUAUAUUUGUGAUUUAAAUUCUUAUUCUUAAUUUUCCCUGGUUUCCUUUAUACAGCUUACAUGUUUGUGUGAAAGUCCCUUUAAGUCACCUACUAUAUAAAUAUUACAUAUUUCCUAUUUCUUGAAAUGUCAUUGUAAAGGUUUUCAUAGGAAAGACUAAAGAAAGUCUUAAAGAAAUGUUCAUUUUUUUUUUGAAAUAGAGACCUUUGCAUGCAGACUGACCAACAAGAAAAUAAGUGAUAAUAUUUGCAAUUUUUCAGUGUUGCUCUUUUUAUAUACAAGUAGUCCUUGACCUACAACCAUAAUUGAGCCCGAAAUCUUAGUUGUUGAGUGAAGCAGUUGUUAAAUGAGACAUCACAUAAUCGCUUCCCUCAGUGACUACCAUCCUGGCUCAUUCAUUUCCAGUUAUUAAGUGACCAUGCGGAUCGUUCAGCAGAGUAAGGAGAUACUGCACCAGGUAGAGAGGCCUGGGACCCACAGGGAUACAUAAACCUGCUGAUGUCUGAGAGGUUUCAGCUGCUUCCCAAUCCAGCCACUCAGCUACCUAGGGAGCCUCAGCCUGGCUAUAGAAGCUACCAUCAUGUACAAAGCUGCUGCAGGUGGCUGGGUGAGUUGCUCCCCUCUGUCUCCUCCACUUGCAAUCUUCCCUGCCAGUUUCCCUGUUGAUUUUCUUGGGGAAGCCAGCAGAAAAGAUAGCAGAUGGCAUUCACAUGAUUGCAGGGUGCUUGGAAACUGGUUGUAAGUGCAAAUAGGCUGCCAAGAGUCUGAAAUGUCAUGUGGGGGGGGGGUUAGGGCAACACUUUACAAUGUUUGGAAGUGCUUUAUGAACAAUUGUGAAAUGGUCAGUCGUAAGUUGAGAAUUACCUGUAUGAAAUAAAAUAUCAGUCUUUACGCCUGUACUAUCUGUGGACUGCUGAACUUUACCCAGUGCUAAAUAUUUUCAAAUAAUUACCAUGUGUGUGUAGCAUUUUGUGACUUAUGUGGGCUUAAAAAAAGUAGUACAGUUUAGAAAACAAAUUCAAUUAUUUUUUCAGACUUUUUUAGGUGUAUUCUUUUAGAUUUUCAAAUUUUUGUUUACUUUUUGAAGAAAGCAAGGUCAAAUUGUACCUGAGGCAUGUGUUUCUACAAAGGAAGAUCAUACAUAUCCAUCAUUGAAGAAACUAGCUAUUCCCUGAUGACCCCAGUAUGCCCAUGAUGUACAUACAUACUGACAGACAGACAUACUCUACUUGGAAAUACUGGAAAGAGAGUGACUUAAUCUAAUGUCCUUCAGACUUCCAACAUUAAAAAAAGUCAUUAUGGCAUUUUCAUCUUGACUGUUGUCACACAUAGAUUACUGAAAAUCUGAUGUCAUCUGAUGUCUGUAUUUACUAUGUUCAAAAAUAAAAUCCAAAUUAUAUUUCUUUAAGUCUGCAAAGAAUGAUAAGAUAAUAAAACUGUUCUGCCAUUUAUUAAUCCAGUAUUUCCAUUUUAAAAGGGGGAUCACAGAAAGAUUUCACUUGGAUGUUGUAAUUUAUUUGGAAAAUAUUAUACUAGUAAUCUGAAGAGUUUGCACUAAUAGUACUUUUUUUCCCUUAGAAAGGAUAAUUGUUCAACACCUUUUCUGCUCAGAAGUAAUACCUACAAUAUUUUUGUGUCCUACAUAGGUUAUAUUACUGGGUUAAAUUAUGCUACUUGAUUUGAACACGUUUACCUAGAAUGUUUUAGAUCUGGGCUGAUUUUGGUAUUCUUUGUUUGAAGCUGUAAUUAUAAUUAAAUAGCAAGGAGAAAAUUUCCUGGUAUUUUGAAAAGUUGAAAAUGUGAAUGUGUGUGCCAAAUAACUAGUAUAAACUUAACCCUAUUAUAUAUUAGUUUUUAGUAACUGACUUUAAAAAGUUAUUCAAUUUUUUCAGAUAUAUUCUAUUCAUCUGCAUGUAUUGUUUGCUGUAAUUAGACCUUCAUUAUAUACUGUAACUUAGUCUACUCAUGGUGCUACAUGUUAAGAAUUUUGGCUUUUAUGAUCACUUAUAAAAUCCAUACUGCUAAAACUUAGUUCCUGAACAACUGUAAAUUACUAAUUUGAAUUGUAACUUUUUAAGUAAGGUUAAAUAUUUUUUUAACAAUGUAUUUCCAUGAGAUUGAAUAGUUUUCCAGUUUGUGCCUGGUAGAGUUAUAACAAAAGUAUCUGGUACCUAUUUCCAUGAACUAAGCUACAUUUUAAUAUUCAGACUAGAAUAAAAAAUGAAUUUCUCAAGAUUUUGGGAACCUGAAAAAUGGUUAGCAUCACAAAUGAUCUUUGUUUUCAUUUUUGAACUAGCAUAAUUACAAUUUUAAGAGUAUAUUGUUGUAUUCUUUAACACUUUUACUGGAUUUUUAUAACUGGGAUACUCAAAGGGCUAUUUUUUUUGUAUAAGACAGUAUUAAACUAUAAUUGAUUUCCUGUACCUUAAUUUUAGCCCAGAUUAUUAAUAAACCCAAUAAACUGUUACGUACAAAUCUGC